CAAACCUCGUGCGCGUUCACGAGACAUACACAACUUUGUUCCCUGGAAACGACUCAUUGAGUGACUGACGAUUACACAUUUAACGGCGCUCUUUACCUCUUUUAAAACCGAGCCGAACCGGUGCUGACCACAGUAAGUAACCGACCGAGUCAGGUUAAUAUUAUUUAGUUCGUCAACCAAUAGCAGAAGCUGCCGGUUGGACUUCAGGCAAACUAACUUCCCUGAGCUAGCGAGUGAGUGAGCGAGCUUUGUUAGCCUGCUAACUAGCUGAGCUGACAGAAAACAAACGACAGUCUGCUCCUCAGGCUGCCGGAGCAACAACUUCAGCUGAAACACGGGCUGUGACUAUGGAGAGACCAAGCAGCUCCGAAGACGGAGCUCAGUGCACGGAGGAAGCCUCUCAUUCCGUCGGAACCUGGCGGAUAUGAGCACCGAGCGAUGAGACGGCACAUGUUACACCGAGGCAACAAUUACAAUAACAGUAGUAAUAACAAUAAAAGACUGGGAGGGAUAUCAGAGUGAAGCCGAAACCUUUUGUUUUUGAGUGCUGUGAGUGUGUGAGAUCGAAGUGCCUAUGGCGGAGUUAGGGGAGGACGGAAGGCUCCCUCCGGUUCAUUUCGGGCACACGGCCGUGCCCAGCGACGAGGCUGCGGGGAAGACGCAUUGCGAAGUGUCGGUUCUGAAUGGAGACUGUGGGAUUUCGGAGAAUAUGAUGUGCUCAGGCUCCCCUCUCACACCUGGCAGUCAAAGCGGAGUAGAAACCGCCAACACCUCCGUGGGGCCGGAUGCCAAGUCUGACAUACCUCGCCGGAGCAGCAUUAUUAAGGAUGGAAGACAACGAAAAGAAAGAAAGAAGACCGUCUCAUUCAGCAGCAUGCCCACUGAGAAGAAGAUUAGCAGAGUCAGCGACUGCAUCAAUGCCAUGGUAGAUGGCUCGGAGCUGAAAAAAGUGCGAUCCAAUUCACGCGUUUACCACCGCUACUUUCUUCUUGACGCCGACAUGCAAUCAUUGAGGUGGGAGCCAACGAAGAAGGAGUCUGAAAAGGCAAAGAUAGACGUGAAGUCCAUCAAGGAGGUCCGGACAGGCAAGAAUACAGAAACUUUUAGAACUAAUGGCACCUAUGACCAGAUAUCAGAGGAUUGUGCUUUUUCAAUCAUCUUUGGGGAGAAUUACGAGUCCCUGGACUUGGUGGCAAACACAGCAGAUGUAGCCAACAUAUGGGUGACUGGUCUGAGGUACCUGAUCUCUUAUGGGAAGCAUACCUUGAAUAUGAUCGAGAGCAGCCAGAACAACUUGCGCUCAUCUUGGUUAAGCGACCUCUUCGAUGAAGACGACGUUAACCACAACAAACAGAUAGCAAUAUGUGCUGCCGUGCAGCUAAUAAAGAAACUAAACCCGGGACUUAAAAAUGUGAAAAUAGAACUAAAGUUCAAGGAGCUCCACAAAGCUCAAGAUAAAAGUGGGUCUGAUGUGACAAAAGAAGAGUUUGCAGAAGUCUUUCAUGACCUUUGCACAAGACCAGAGAUUUAUUUUCUUUUUGUUCAGUUUUCCAGUAAUAAGGAGUUUCUCGAUACUAAGGACUUAAUGAUAUUUCUGGAGGCAGAGCAGGGAAUGGCUCAGGUCAGUGAAGACACCAGCUUAAAUGUCAUUCACAAGUAUGAACCAUCCAAAGAGGGUCGGCUAAAGGGAUGGCUCUCUCUUGAUGGGUUCUCCAACUAUCUUAUGUCUGCAGAGUGCCACAUAUUUGACCCUGAGCACAAAUCCAUUUGCCAAGACAUGACCCAGCCUCUGUCCCACUACUACAUCAAUGCAUCCCACAACACGUAUCUGAUAGAGGAUCAAUUCAGAGGUCCUUCAGAUGUGACGGGGUACAUCCGUGCUCUGAAGAUGGGUUGUCGCUGUGUGGAGCUGGACGUAUGGGACGGGUCUGAUAACGAGCCCGUCAUCUAUACUGGUCACACAAUGACUUCACAGAUUGUUUUCCGCAGCGUCAUAGAUGUCAUUAAUAAGUAUGCCUUUGUUGCCUCCGAGUUUCCUCUGAUUUUGUGUUUGGAAAACCAUUGCUCUGUAAAGCAGCAGAAAGUCAUGUUUCAGCAUCUGAAGAAGAUCCUUGGAGACAGGAUCCACGUAGAUUCUCCAAAACUCGAGGACUGUUACCUCCCAUCUCCAUCUGAGCUGAAAGGAAAGAUCCUGCUGAAGGGUAAGAAGUUGGAUACAAACUGCACUGCUUCAGAAGGAGAAGUGACGGACGAGGACGAGGGGGCAGAGAUGUCUCAGAGGAUGAGCAUCGAGUCCACAGAGCAGCAGACUAAUGCACCCAAAAAGAUCCCGCUGCUUAAGGACCUUUCUGAUCUGGUGACGCUGUGUAAAUCUGUGGAGUUCAAAGACUUUCCAACAUCUUUCCAGAAGCAGAAACCCUGGGAGCUCUGCUCUUUCAAUGAGGUGUUUGCCACUCGCUGUGCGUGUGAUUUCCCUGGGGACUUUGUCAACUACAACAAGAAGUUUCUUGCACGAGUUUACCCGAGCCCAAUGCGGAUCGACUCUAGCAACAUGAAUCCACAAGACUUCUGGAAGUGCGGCUGCCAGAUUGUAGCCAUGAACUAUCAGACUCCUGGGCUGAUGAUGGAUUUGAACAUCGGCUGGUUCCGUCAGAAUGGCAACAGUGGUUACGUUCUCCGACCGGCCAUCAUGAGGGAGCAGGUCUCAUAUUUCAGUGCCAACACAAAAGAUUCAGUGCCUGGGGUUUCUCCACAGCUCUUGCACAUCAAGAUAAUCAGCGGACAAAAUUUCCCCAAACCGAAAGGCUCCGGUGCCAAGGGAGACGUGGUGGACCCAUACGUGUACGUGGAAAUACACGGCAUUCCUGCAGACUGUGCAGAGCAGAGGACUAAAACAGUCCACCAAAAUGGGGACUACCCACUAUUUGAUGAGAGCUUUGAGUUUCAGAUAAACCUUCCUGAGCUCGCAAUGGUGCGCUUCGUGGUUCUAGACGAUGACUAUAUUGGGGAUGAGUUUAUUGGCCAGUAUACGAUCCCCUUUGAGUGUCUCCAACCUGGUUUCCGCCACGUACCGCUGCAGUCUCUGACAGGAGAGUUGCUGCCUCAUACUUUGCUUUUUGUCCAUGUUGCCAUAACCAAUCGAAGAGGUGGAGGAAAGCCACACAAAAGGGGAUUGUCAGUAAGGAAAGGCAAGAAGAGCAGAGAGUACGCUAGUAUGAGAGUGCUGCAGAUCAAGGCCGUCGAUGAGGUCUUUAAAACAGCCCUGUUGCCACUCAGAGAGGCCACCGACCUCCGAGAAAACAUGCAGAAUGCCAUAGUGUCCUUUAAGGAGCUCUGCGGCCUUUCAGCCGUGGCCAACCUGAAGCAGUGCAUCUUGGCCCUUUCCCCUCGGCUGACAGGACCCGACAACAGCCCGCUCCUGGUGUUUAACCUCUCUGACCCGUACCCCAACCUGGAGCUCCAAGGCCUGCUCCCAGAGGUCCUGAAAAAGGUCGUCACCUCCUACGACAUGAUGAUCCAGACCAGCAAGACCCUGCUGGAGAGCUCCGACAGCGUGUAUGAGAGGAUUUUGCAAACUCAGAAAGCAGCGAUGGAAUUUCAUGAAAACCUGCAUGAUCUGGCUGUGAAGGAAGGGCUGAAGGGCAGGAAGCUGCACAAGGCGGUGGAGAGCUUCACGUGGAACAUCACCAUACUGAAGGGUCAAGCUGACUUACUAAAACACGCCAGAAGUGAAGUCCAGGAAAACCUCAAGCAGAUCCACUACUCGGCGCUCACCUGCAACCUGAGCAAAGGAGGGACAGCAGGCGGCUCCUCCGGCUCCACCGACUCCAAGAGCCGACGCAGCUUGGAGGCCAUUCCUGAAAAAGCCACGGGGGAGGAGGAGCUGACGGAUGAGGAAAACUGAAGACUUCCUGUGGCUCUCCUUCAACUCUCUUCUUUCUGCAAACCUGAAGUCCCUCUGUCCAUCUUCAUCCAGGUGCUGUCACUCUUCACCCUCCAUCAUGGACAUUCCUCAACCUAAAGCACAGUUUAAACUUCUUAGACCAACAAAAUCAUACGGAUCAUGUCUUUGUUUCCAACAAGAGAUUUAGAAAAAACAGGAAAAGGUUUCGCAACCCCUCAAACUUUCCUAAACAUCUAAGUGAAACUUUCUGCUUCCUGAUUUUCCCGUUUCCUCUCCUGGAUGAGUCCGGAGUGAACCAGCGGCCCUCAGACUGUUCCAGACUUUAAACACGAGCACUUCUACUUAACGGACCAGAGGACACAAAGAAGGCCUUGGAGGAUUGUUGGAAGGACUUUUUUUUUUUUUAAAGCACAAUUUCCCUGAGCUGUGAAUGUAACUGGGACUGAAGAGUGGGAACAAAAAUGUUCAGAAUGAGAGUAAAGAGCUGUUUACAAUUCUGGACUUGUUCAUGUUCUCAUCUGCCAAAACAGUAGUAAACUAUGUGUAUAUACAGAGUUUCCUGUGAGCUUUUUUUCUGCAGAGUGCAUCAUUUUAUUAUUGUAUACUUGGAAAUAUGAGAUUUAUUUUAUAAAAGUUAUACGAACACAAGUGUGGAGAUAAAGUUUUAUUUGUGCGCGGAAUAAAACGUCCAACAUGAGGAGGCAGAAGGACGUUUGAGGCAGAGAGAGAAUGUAUCCUGUUGUUGUCCCGUCUCUCUGCUCGGCACCAGCAGCUGCAUGAAAGGACGACGACGCGUUUUUGUUCGUUCUUUGUUUAGAUGUGCUUCUAUUUCAGGGCAAGUUUUUACCAAAGUUCACUUUAUGUUGGAGCUGAAAGUUUAUUUCAAAGCCAAAACUAAACCGGUUCAACUUAUUUAGAACGAUGUAAACACGACAAAUCAACUGUUGCUGGAAGUGAUCUGCAGACAGACGGUUUAUUUACAUUUUACAGAAGAACGGUUUGUUGGAUGGAUGGACUAACUUCCUGUUUAAUUAUACAGAUUAUUAAUUGAAAACAUUCUGAAAAUGAUUUUCUGUAUCUAUGGUAGUGGCCAUAUACUUUAAGUGAACAUAACUUUAUUUAACAAACCUGCUAAACAGUGUUAGAACGCCCUUUUACUGGGAUAUUAAUCUCCUUUUUUAAAUUAUGGUUAAACAAUACUAAGUGAAUAUUGUUUCAUAGCCAUUUAUGUUUCUGGAAACAGACCAGUACAAAAUAAUGGCGUUUUUAAAGCUUGUCUUUUUUUUGUUUUGUUUUUUUUAAAUAGGGAUUGUGUGAAGUACUAAUUAGUGAUCAGUAUCUUACAUGCAGUAAAACUUAUUUAUACCCUUAAACCCUCAAAUUUAAACCUCAACUGGUGAUUUAAUCAUAAGCUAAAGUUUCUACUACAUCUUCUCAUUCUUGCAUAAGACGGUUGUCAAAGUGUUUCUCCGAAAUUAUUUUUCUAUUCUCUCAGAAAAAAAACAUCCUGCAAACAAAAUGCCUCUGAAUUAUUAUACAUGAGGAUGUUUCACAGUAUUUUCUGAAACAUUCUUUACACUUAAUAUAAGUUAGACAAACUAUCUAGGCUGUACGUGCAUUUAUUUGAAAAAAGAUUAGCAGUACUGCUAAUAAUACUAGCAUUAUAACCUAAUCUUAUCCCAGAGUUUCAACAUUUGGAUGCAGUUAAACACAUUCGACGGGACGCUUCUGGCCUCUUGAACAGUUUUCUUGGACUAAAAGUUAUCUUGUUUUUAUGCAUCGUUCUCUGAAGCAUUCAAACAGUGUUUGCCUCAGAUUCAGGACAAACGCUUAGAUCAGGGAUGGCCAGUUGGGUUUCCACUGGAAGACACAUGGUUGUUUGUCUCCCACUGAUUGGUUAAAAUCCUUUUUUCAAAAAUGUAUUUGACAAUAAAGUUCAAAUAUGACAUGUAUUUAGCUGUUGUAGCACUGCAUCUAUAAUCAGGGGUGAGAUUUGCUUCCAAAAAACAACAACAAUAUCAUGACCACAUUAUUUUGUUAAUGGUUUUAUCACCACUGGCCUAUUUGUAUAGAAGUGCACGACAAGUACUUUCAACCUAUUUACUAACCUACCUUUGUAUUUAUUAAUUAAACUAUACAGCUUAGAAAUACAAAGAAGAAUGUAAGUCAUCUGCAUCUCCAACAGAACAAUAGUUGACCGUUUGUGUCCAAAUGUUGAUUCCAAUAUUGAAGUUACAGAUUGUGCAGAAAAAUGUUCACUGUCCUCCGUUACAUUUAGAUGGUUUAGAUUUAAAGUAGAAAAUCACAGUUGAUGAAAACCCCAACUAACAUUCAGCUGCCUCUGUCCUUUUAUGCAUAGAAAACUAAUAAACAAAUAAAAAAUGGUCUAAAAUAGCAUGUUUGGUUCCUGCUUUGGCACGUCGUCUCUAAGAAUCUCCCAGUGAUGGUUAGUGCCUAAAACAGCGAAAAAGUUUUUUUUAACGAUAGAGUACUCAUCUGUUCGACCAACUCUUCAACAAAACGAGGCUCCACAGAAACAUUGUUGUCCCUGUACAGCAAAAUGUACAUUUAAAUCUUGAAUUUGCUUUCUCACAGCAGUUUUGUAGACGUGUUUUAAGGAGAAAUUAAAAGUAAACGUUUAAAUAAGACAAUCGUGUUUUGUCUUGUGGAGACUUUAAUGUUGAGCUAAUAAAUAAGAAAUACAACCGGAUUCGCUGCAUGAAAAGGCCUGUAAAUAAUUCAAGAAUAAACACCAAAAUACCUUAAUUCAGAAUAUCUGUGAACAUGUAAUAUUCACCCAUUUAAUACUGGCUAUUGGUACUGUAAAUUAAAUUAACCUCACAUAAUUAAUGGAGAAAUUAUCUCUAUGUUCAGAUCUGUAAAAACUUUGCAAAGAAAAAACAUUUUGAUGAAUUUGAUCAGACAGAUUAUGUCUAAGAUCAAGGAUUACAUAAAAGCAUGUUUUUAGUCAUUCCUGAAGCUAAUCUGUGUGAAACUGAUUAACCAAGUUAAGUUUUAAAAACUAAUGAAGGACAAACAAUCAAAGGCGUCCGUCACACAAUCUGAAUUUGACCCAUUAAAAGUAGCAUUUAGCUGCUAAAACAAAUCAGACUGAGCAAGUUUCAACCCGGCAUCAGCCUUCAUGACUAAUUAUAAUGGAACCUUUAGCAUUUUAUUUGUAGUUAAUCCCAUGAUGCUACCAUGCCGAUAUGUUACCAUGACGAUCCCAACCUAUAAAUCAGAUCUCAUCUCCAAUAACGAUACACUGAUAAUAAACCCCCACAACCUCACUAUGCAGCGUUCUUUUAACCUUCGGCAAACUUUUAUGCCCCAUCAUGGAUCAUUUAAAGCUCAAUAUGUUCCCAGCGCCUCCCAGAAGACCUCGCUGAUUUCUGACCGAUCUGUCGACUUUUUACCUGUUGAGACUUUAUCGUUCUUUUUUUUUUUUGUUUGUUUGUUUUUGACCGAGAAAGCAUUAACUAAGCUUUGUUCUUUUGUAGUAAAUUUGUUGAGUUUGUCUAAAUCAAAUGUUUGGUUUUUUUUUAAAAUGGCAUUUUAUAAUCUACAUUUUCUCCGGUUUUAUUUUUUCCUGCGUCGGUGAACAUGUAGGAGUUAAAACGGAAACAAACCCAGUUUAACUCAUUAGCUUUAAAACAAAGACUCCAUUAGUUUCGUCACUAUUUUACACCUUUUUAUUGAGCACAUUUCAGUCAGUUCUAAAUCACCACGUUAGCUUAAAACAACUCAUUUUUUAAACUUGUUUGCAUUUAUUAUGCUACUCUUUGUUGCAGCACUUAUUUUCUUAUUCUAAUAUUUGAUAUUUAAAUUAUAUCUAAUUAGGAAAAUGCCAUUAAAAUAAAUGUGUGCAGAAUGCUAGUCAAGUUGAAGCUAAUAUGUUUGUUUAAUAAACUGAUUAUAACGGCCUACAUUUAAUUUUGUUUCAACUGGAAAUUUUCCCACGGUGAAAGUUGAUUACUCUCAAUUCAAAGUUAUUAUUUUCAUGACAGAUAAAAUCCCAAAAUGCUGUUUCCACUUUGACUAAACCAUCUUCCAGCGAGCUAACAGAAAAUUAAAACCCCAUCACUUUGUUUGUUUCUGUGUUUUCCACUUUUAAGACUAAACAAAUCAGCCAGCAACAGUAAAAUUGAGCAAUCAGAGAGCAAAGUAAGACUUGCGGCACCUUCCAGCUCGAAAUGUUUUGUUUGGAGACAUUUUGUUUCCCUCCUUUUUGUUCAAAGUUGUGCUUUUUGUUCCCAAAUGUUGUCCGCGCUUCCUGGUGUUUCCAGCGAGCCGUCUCUGAACAUCAGUGCUGUGCCAGAGUUCGUAAUAAUAAAUGUCAAAACAAACAAUUCAAAUGUAUUUCAAGUCCAAUCUGUCAAGUUUUAAGUAACGACCUCUGAAUAAACAGUGUUGGAUAACA